GCAUAACUUGCUAGAGGCGGACUGAAUCCUCCCUGCUCUCCGCUCAGACAGCAUCAUUUUCGGCCACAGCAGGCGGGUUGAAGCUCUCCGCUGCGUUUCGAGAAAUUCAGGACCGAAGUUUCCUUUCAAAUAGAUAUAUAUACUAGACCGUACAACAAUGAAGACUUCCAGCAGUCCGCCUGCGGGAACUGACAGAAACCCGUUCGUCCACGAGCUGAAGUUUUCCAUGACAGAUAAAAUAAAGAUCGGACUCAUAUCGGUUACAGUUUUUCCAGUCCGGCUGCUGUUGGUCUCUUUCUUCAUGCUGCUGGCGUGGCCUUUCGCCUUCACGGCUUCGCUGGGACGUUCCGAGCUUGUCCCCGAUCCACAGUCGUGGUGGAGGAGAAUAAUAGAUCUUUGUCUUCGGGUCAUUAUGCGAGCCAUGUGGUUCUGUGGUGGUUUCCAUUGGAUCAAAGUGAAAGGGGAGCGAGCGCCGCCUUCUGAAGUUCCCAUCCUCACCGUAGCCCCGCAUUCCUCCUAUUUCGACGCGAUCCCAGUCACCAUGACCAUGUGCUCCAUUGUCGCCAAGCUGGAGAGCCAGAGCGUCCCAGUCUGGGGCACUCUGAUCAGCUACAUCAGGCCAGUGUUGGUAUUCCGGUCGGAUCAGCACUCCAGGAGAAAAACUGUUGAGGAGAUCAAACGAAGAGCCCAGUCUGGAGGAAAGUGGCCCCAGAUCAUGAUAUUCCCUGAGGGGACGUGCACCAACAGGUCGGGUCUCAUCUUAUUCAAGGCUGGUGCUUUCAUCCCAGGACUCCCAGUGCAGCCAGUGGUGCUGCGAUACCCAAACAAACUGGACACGUUUUCGUGGACCUGGCGCGGCCCUGGAGCGUUUAAGCUUUUGUGGCUCACUCUGUGUCAGCCUCACAACUCUAUAGAGAUCGAGUAUUUACCCAUCUACCGCCCGUCAGCGAAGGAGAGGGAAAACCCUGCUCUGUUUGCCAGCAACGUCAGGAAGCUCAUGGCCGAGGCGCUGGAGGUUCCCCUCACAGACCUGUCCUUCGACGACCGGGACAUCAUCCUGUCACACGGCCCGCUGAGAAUACACGACUGCACCAGCCUGCUGCACUUCAACCAGCUGCUGGGCCAACUGGGGUUAAAGUCGGGGAGCAGAGGCGGCCGGCUGGACGAGGAGGCCAGGAGGGCCGCCAAGCUGCAGGGGGACAGACUGGGACUGGAGGACUUUGCCCAGUUUCUCAGCCUUCCAGUUACAGACACGCUCAGACAAAUCCACAGCCUCUUCCAUCAGGAUGGAGACGGAAAGAUAGACGUCAGACACUAUGUCACCGCUCUGUCUACUGUACAGCGACCUCAUAAACCCCUGGACACAUUAAAGCUGGCCUUCCAGCUGUAUGAGGAGGACAGCGGGGGAGUCACAGGAGAAGACCUGGCCGUCGUCUUAGAAAUAAUGUUGGGAGUAAAGGAAGUGGAGCUCGCUCCUCUGUUCCUUGAACUUGAAGCUCAACACACAGCGAAGGUCACUUAUGAUGAGCUUCAGUGUCUCGUAAAGAAACGUCCACAUUUCUCCGUGGAUUGCCUCAGUUUUAAGGAUCAUCCUCGUCGCAGCUGCAUCGGUCGACUCAACUACUGCAAUGGACACAACAAAGACGACUAAACAGACUCCGUGUUCUUGUGCCUGGUUUGAUGGUUCUAUCGAGACGUUGUGAAUCGCCUGCCACUUCUGUGCCUUAAAGUGCAGGGAAAGAAUGAGAAAGUCUUCAUUCAGUUUUCUCUCUUUUCUUUUAGAGUACACUUUAGUGUAAAGAAGCAUUUUUUAAAAUGUAUAUAUAAAAGAUUAACAAUUUCUUAUACCAAUAUUCAAAAAUUUAAGAAGUCAGUUUUAUAGUUUUCUUUAAGUAGAAAGCUCUCAGGUACAGCAGACACCAGCUCACUUAUCUUUACUUAUGAAUGACAGAGCAACA